ACGUCAAAUGCGGCGGUUCGAGGAGGAGAGGAUGGUACACGUAAAGCACCGUCUCUUUGUCUUCUCAUGACAAGUGUCUCCUCCUUUCUACGUCAACCCUCGCCAUUUUUACACAAGAGCAGUAUACAGCCGAAAGCCGUGGGAGGAAAAAAAAGGAAGAAUCAAUGAUUGGGGAAGAUUGAAAACCACGCGAAGAAGCUCCUGUGGAUUUUGGAUCUCUGUUUUUCUUCUCUCUUUUUAUAGGAGUAGUUUCUUCUUGUUCUUAUUCCGAUUCAUCUCUGUGGAUUUCGAUUCAAGAAGCGGAAGAGGAAAAGAAAAAAAAAUGCCUUCUACAAACUUGAUGCUCGAAGAACCUAUCAGGAUGGCUUCGAUUCUCGAGCCCUCCAGGCCUACAAUAUUUCCGGCGAUGACGAAGAUUGUGGGGACUCUGGGUCCUCAAUCUCAGACCGUUGAGAUCAUCUCUCGUUGCCUUAAAGCUGGAAUGUCAGUGGCACGCUUUGAUUUUUCAUGGGGUGAUAGCGAAUAUCACCAGAAGACAUUGGAUAACUUGAAAUCUGCAGUCAGAAACACCAAGAAACUAUGUGCAGUUAUGCUUGACACAGUUGGACCAGAGUUACAGGUUCUGAAUAAGACCGAAGCCGCCAUUUCUCUUCAGGAAGGUUCAUCCAUUGUCCUAACGGCGGAUCAGACCAAAGAAGCCAACCCCAAUCUUCUUCCUAUAAACUUCAGUGGCCUUUCUAAGGCUGUUAUUAAAGGAGACACCAUUUUCAUCGGACAGUAUCUGUUCACCGGAAACGAAACUACUUCUGUCUGGUUAGAGGUGACUGAUAUUGAAGGUGAAGAUGUGGUUUGUCUGGUGAAGAAUUCAGCUACUCUUUCGGGACAAUUGUAUACCCUUCAUGUCUCUAAUAUUCGUAUAGACCGACCCACCUUGACCGAAAAAGAUAAGCAGGUCAUUAGCUCGUGGGGUGUGAAAAACAACAUAGAUUUCCUGUCGUUGUCUUAUACCCGACACGCCGAAGAUGUGCGGAAUGCUCGGGAUUUUCUCUCUAAGUUGGGCGAUCUCAGGCAAACUCAGAUCUUCGCCAAGAUCGAAAAUAUCGAGGGCUUGACGCAUUUCGAUGAAAUCUUACAAGAAGCGGAUGGAAUUAUUCUUUCUCGUGGAUACUUGGGAAUAGAUCUUCCCCCCGAGAAGGUGUUCUUGUUCCAAAAAUCUGCGCUUUCCAAGUGCAAUGUUGCGGGAAAACCCGUAGUGGUGACUCGGGUAGUUGACAGUAUGACUGACAACCUGAGACCUACUCGUGCCGAAGCAACGGACGUAGCUAACGCUGUGCUCGACGGAUGCGACGCUAUCCUCCUAGGCGCCGAAACUUUGCGGGGACUUUACCCCGUCGAUACUGUAUCGACGGUUGGGAAGAUUUGCGGAGAGGCCGAGAAGGUAUUCCGGCAAGAUUUGUAUUUCAAGAACACAGUGAAGUACGUUGGAGAGCCGAUGUCUCAUCUUGAAUCAAUCACUUCAUCCGCGGUACGUGCUGCCAUUAAAGUGAGAGCUUCCGUGAUCAUCUGCUUCACUUCAUCUGGAAGAGCUGCAAGGUUGAUAGCAAAGUACAGGCCGACGAUGCCAGUGAUAUCGGUGGUUAUCCCUCGUCUUAAAUCGAACCAACUUCGCUGGACUUUCUCCGGCGCUUUCGAGGCGAGGCAAUCGCUCAUUAUCAGAGGCCUAUUCCCUAUUCUUGCCGAUCCACGGCAUCCGGCCGAGUGGAGGAACACGACCAACGAGUCGAUCCUGAAGGUGGCUCUGGACCACGGCAAGGCAUCAGGGCUUGUAAAGCCACACGACCGAGUCGUGAUCUGCCAGAAAGUCGGCGACGACUCUGUCGUGAAGAUCAUCGAGCUCGACGAUUGAUCCAUCCAAUCAACUGACGCACCUGUCUUUGUGAGACAGCGUCCAAGUGGUCUCUGUGUUCGUCCUUUUUGUAUUAACAUCGGCUCAUUUCUGUUUCGCGUUCAUGUUUUAUGAAGUUUUAUGUAUUACUAUUACAUUUUGAUGUCUGUUUCCAUCGAUAUUAUUAAUCCAACCAAUCAGAUUUGAGUGUUUU